AUGGCUUUGCAUCCAAAGAAAGGCUGGAAAGUUCAACAAGAGGAUCCGAAGAGCAUAUCUCCUUCCCAAAUGAGCUGGCUGAGAAGAUUCAGUCAGAGCAGUCAUCUUCGAGAGCAUCAAAGAACCCACACAGGGGAGAAACCGUUUGAAUGCUCAGAGUGUGGAAAGAGAUUCAGUCGGAGUAACACUCUCCAACGGCAUCAAGUAAUCCACACAGGGGAGAAACCUUUUGAAUGCACAGAGUGUGGGAAGAGCUUCAGUCAGAGUAGCAGUCUUCAAAAGCAUCAAAGAACCCACACAGAGGAGAAACCUUUCGAAUGCUCAGAGUGUGGGAAGAGAUUCAGUUGGAGUAGCAGUCUUCAACAGCAUCAAGUAACCCACACAGCGGAGAAACCUUUUGAAUGCACACAGUGUGGAAAGAGAUUCAGUCGGAGUAGCCAUCUUCAAAAGCAUCAAAGAACUCACACAGGGGAGAAACCAUUUGAAUGCUCAGAGUGUGGAAAGAGAUUCAGUUGGAGUGGUGGUCUCCAACGGCAUCAAGUAACCCACACAGGGGAGAAACCUUUUGAAUGCACAGAGUGUGGAAAGAGAUUCAGUCGGAGUAGUCAUCUUCAACAGCAUCAAAGAACUCACACAGGGGAGAAACCUUUUGAAUGCACAGAGUGUGGGAAGAGAUUCGGUACGAGUGGGUAUCUUCAACAGCACCAAGCAAUGCACACAAAGGAGAAACCUUUUGAAUGUGCAGAAUGUGGUAAGAGAUUCAUUUGGAGUGGCAAUCUCCAGCGGCAUCAAGUAACCCACACGGGAGAGAAACCUUUUGAAUGCACUGAGUGCGGAAAGAGAUUCAGUCACAGUAACAGUCUACAAGACCAUCAAAGAAGCCACACAGGGGAGAAACCUUUUGAAUGCUCAGAGUGUGGGAAGAGAUUCAGUCGGAGUGACACUCUCCAACGGCAUCAAGUAACCCACACAGGGGAGAAACCUUUUCAAUGCACAGAGUGCGGAAAGAGAUUCAGUCACAGUAACAGUCUACAAGACCAUCAAAGAAGCCACACAGGGGAGAAACCUUUUGAAUGCUCAGAGUGUGGGAAGAGAUUCAGUCGGAGUGACACUCUCCAACGGCAUCAAGUAACCCACACAGGGGAGAAACCUUUUCAAUGCACAGAGUGUGGAAAGAGAUUCAAUCAUAGUAGCAGUCUUCAAGAGCAUCAAAGAACCCACACAGGGGAGAAACCUUUUCAGUGCUCAGAGUGUGGGAAGAGAUUCACUUGGAGUAGUGAUCUGCAACGGCAUCAAGUAACUCACACAGGGGAGAAACCUUUUGAAUGCACAGAGUCUGGGAACAGAUUCAGUCACAAUAGCAGUCUUCAAGAGCAUCAAAGAACCCACACGGGAGAAAAACCUUUUGAAUGCUCAGAGUGUGGGAAGAGAUUCAGUCAGAAUAUCAGUCUUCAACGGCACGAAACCAUCCACCCAGGGGAGAAACCUUUGAAUCAGCGCUCCGCUUUUGUCCGCCGCGUUGAAAAACUUCUCUGGACGGCCCGCCCAGUAUCUGCUUCUCCCCCUGCUCUCCGCAACGUCGACACGCCCGGCAACGUCUCUGCCCGGUCACGCCCACACUUCUCUUCCCUCGCCACCUCCCCAGAUCUGGCGCAGAAGAGCCCCCAAAGCCCUGAGCAGCAGCCGGAGCUCCUCUCGGCGCAGGAGACGGCGGGGCGCCCCUUGCCUCCCUCUGCAGCGCCGAGAGGGUUAAAGCCAGCGAGUCGGCGGCUGGAGCGGCCGCGGGAGGACCGGGGAGGCGGGGAGGGGGCGGAGAAGGCUCUGCAGCCCGCGGAAGAGGAGCGGGAAGCCGCGGAGAGAGACGCCUCUCCAUACCCAAGGGACUAA